CAUACAUUCCUUCACUAACCAAACAACAAUCAAAUAUAAAAAAAAAUAAAAAUAAUGAUGAGGUCACAUAUGAUCUUAGCCAUUUUCUUCUUAUUCAUGUGUUCAAACCUUUGUUGCAUAGCACAAAACUCCCCUCAAGACUUCGUUGAUGUGCAUAAUGAAGCUCGAGAAGUUGUUGGUGUUGGUCCACUCUAUUGGAACCAUACACUUGAAGCCUAUGCACAAAAUUAUGCAAACAAAAGAAUAAAAGAUUGUGAACUCGAACACUCAAUGGGUCCAUUUGGUGAAAACCUUGCUGAGGGUUACGGUGAAAUGAAUGGUUCGGACGCUGUGAAGUUUUGGCUAACUGAAAAGCCAUACUAUGAUUAUAACUCUAACUCUUGUGUUCAUGAUGAGUGUUUGCAUUAUACUCAAAUUAUUUGGAGUGAUUCGGUUCAUCUUGGUUGUGCUAAGUCCAAAUGUCAAAAUGGGUGGGUGUUUGUUAUUUGUAGCUAUUCACCACCUGGCAAUGUUGAAGGUCAACGACCUUAUUGAUUUUCUUUAUAUAUAUAACUAUAUUGUAAAAGUAAAUUAAUUAGUAUUGGUUGUUUCUAUUA